GAAAUAUACACCCGCCUGUACAUAUAAACUGUGUAAACUGUUUUGUUUUCUGUUUCAUUGAUUUUUAUAAAACGGGGAAUAUCCUAGUAUUUUUGUGUUAUUUUAAUCCAAAUGAUUCUAUAUUAGCAAUUUGACUGUGAUAUAAUUGCAGGAAUGAUGAUUCUCACUUUGAUGUCAUUUAUCUUAUAGACUCAUUAUCAGGCGAUUCUAGAACAUGAUCUUUCAUCUGGCAAGAACAUUUAGACGAAGGAAGAAGUCUGUGAUUAUAAAUCGGAAUAAAAAUGUUGCUUUAAAUCAAGUUUAAGACAAAUAGGCUAACAUGGCGGAUGACGAUGUGCAGGUCACACCCUCGCCUGGUGAGGAACUGGCGUACAAAUUCGUCUUGUCAGCCGUGUCAGCAAUGGUCGCAGAAUCUGUGACGUAUCCACUGGACCUCACGCGGACGAGACUUCAAAUACAAGGGGAGGUUAAUGUGACUGGAACAACAGUAUCACAUUCCAAGAGAGGAAUGUUUAAAAUAAUGCAAGGCAUUGUUACAGAAGAAGGACUGUUAAAGCUAUGGCAAGGAAUUUCGCCGGCACUAUACAGACAAAUUAUUUACUCUGGGUUUCGAAUGGUAAUUUAUGAAGGACUAAGGGACCAUGUGUUUCAGAAAAAUGAUGAUGGAUCGUUCCCACUCUGGAAGUCAGUGAUAGUGAGCGGCACGUGUGGGGCUCUUGGUCAGCUUGCUGCCAGUCCAACAGAUCUAGUCAAAGUUCAGAUGCAAAUGGAGGGUCGUCUGCGACUGGAGGGCAAACCAGUACGGGUGACGAACUGUGCACAGGCGUUUCGGACAAUAUAUAGGGAAUCUGGUAUAAGGGGAUUAUGGCGCGGAUGGGUGCCAAAUGUUCAACGAAGUGUUCUAGUCAAUGUUGGAGAUCUUGUCACAUACGACACUGUCAAAAGACAAAUACUUAUUAAAACAUCGUUACCAGAUAACUACAUCGUACAUGGAAUAUCCAGCGCUUGUUCCGGUUUAGUCGCUUCUAUAAUGUGUACACCAGCUGACGUUGUUAAAACCAGAGUCAUGAAUCAACCUAUUAAAGACGGCAGGCCCGUUUUAUACAAGAAUUCCAUUGACUGUCUCGUUAAAACGGUGAAACAAGAAGGAUUUAUGGCUCUAUAUAAAGGUUUUGUACCGACAUACUGUCGUCUGGGGCCUUGGUUGGCGGUAUUUUGGCUAAGUUAUGAGCAAUUCCGGCGGGUAACUGGCCACGUUUCAUUCUAAAGAACAGCCAUAUUUUCUGAUUUUAUUUAAUGAUCUCGUUUCCCCUUUUCUUGCGACGUCUAAGGUCAGGGACAUAACUAGAUCUAUAUUGACAGUCUUCAUGCGUGGUGCUAUUUGCUUCUUUGGAAAUCAGACUGAAUUGUACACUUGUAUUUUUCUAAAGUCCUCAGAAGUUGUGAUA